AUGCGAAAACAUGGCAACACAGUCAAUGCACCACUACCAAAGCUUUCACUCUCAGCUACAGGUCACGCCCAGAAGACCUUCUUGACUCAUACAGAUAUUCAGGCGGUCAAGUACAGGCUUGCAGAGCACGAGAUUUCUCAGCCCACUGGAGUGUAUAAUACAGAGCUAGAGGAACAGGAGCAGAAUCUUGCGGAGAUCACCGCCAUCCUGAAACAGACACAGGCAGAGUACGAAGCUCGUUCGGCUCAGCUUGCGGCCAGAGAGAAAGCCCUAGAAAUUCGGCGACAGGAGCUUAUGCGGCGCAAAGCCGAGAUAGACAUAUAUGUCUCGCGUAGCAAGGACAAGCAGAACAAGAAUCUCCGGCUGACAGCAAAGCGCUACGAAGGAAUCUCAUGUGUCAUGCAGGAGAUGUCGGGGCUCACAGACACCAUCGCGGGGGCGACGGCCCUGCUCUCUAUUCUUAUGGAGAGGAACAAGACCUACGGCGUGUACGGCUCAUUUAUCGAGGCUGCCCACGACCGUCUUCUGACAGACAGCGCGUUCGAGUCGGGGCCUACAGACCGGAGUGAGGGUGCUCCGGUGAUGCGCAGCUACGAUAACCUCCGUAGUCUGAGCGCCUCCAUGGACUAUGUUUCCGGUGUCUACACGCGUCUGACCAAGGAGGAAGCGUCUUCGCUGAGUCUUGAACAGGCGUUGUCUGCGGAGUAUGAUGCAUCUGCGGGCAGUCUCAUAGAAAAACAAAACGCACAUAGGGUGGUGGUCUCUGCCCUAGAGCAACAGGUUGCUGACCUGAACGCUACAUUAGAUGAUCUGCUACUCAAACACGAGUCUCUCAAAACAGAUAAUGAGCUUUUGGUACACAAGCUGCACACACGCACCCAGGAGAUAUCGGAAGUCCAUGGAGCCGUGAAGAAUCUUCUCGAGCGAAUUGCCGCGGUCGUAGAAGAGCGUCAUACGUUCCUUACCGAUCGUGCAAGCAUAGAAGACCUUCUGGGAGGAGUUGGUCCAGAGCUCCAGCAAAAGGUUCAGUUGUAUCACAAAGAGGCAAAGGGCCUGAUCAACAUGAACGAGUGUUUCAACAGAGUACUUGGGUCCAGUCUCCUUGGCCGUCUCAGAGAUAUUUACAAACUUAGUCUGGCCUUGGAGGACGCCGCAGAACUUGUCAGUAUCGCAAACGACUUAUCAUUUACUACAAAGUAG